GCAGGCUUCGGCCGACACGAUUGCGAUGAGUCUGAGGCCCAGGGAGAGGGAGUGGCUGGCUCAAGACCACACAGCAGGGAACGGAAUGGCUCUCCACAAAGUGCCAAGGCCCUCCUCUUCUGACCUUUAAAAGUCUCUCCACUUGCUUUGCCACCACCAGAAGAGACCUGACUGCCAGGAUAUUGCCCUGCUGCUGCCCUGAUCUGUUAUAAGGGAGCCCAAGGAAAAGCCAGUUUCUGAGCAUCUUCCAUGUGGUUUGCCUGGUGCUCAGGACAUUAGUUUAAUCCUCCCUGCACUCCUAUAAAGGUGGCAUUAUGACCCCAUCUUAAGAAAACCAGGACUCAGACUGGUUAAGUGACUUGCCUGAGGUUACACUCUUAGUAGGAAGUGCAGUUGACAUUAACCCAGACCCUUCUGAUGGCACAGUCAUAGCCUUUCCAUCUCACCCUCUCAAAGGUUUUCUACUGUUGUCCCGGUGGGGGAGCCUGGAGCUUGGGAACUUGCCUGCAAGGUUUACCUUCUCCAGCAACUGGGGCAGGUCACUGGACAUCUGGGUGGGAAAGGGAGCUUCACUGCCUUGGACAAAGGCUUUGGAGGUGAGGUAGGGGAGUUCUGAUUCCCUGGGGGAUCAGAGAAAGUGAGCCAGGUUAAGAUUAGUAACAGGAGUACAUUGCGCUUUACAGCCCCAAGGCACCUUUAUACCCCAUCCUUGUGUGGUGGGUAGGGAAGGCUUCAGAGGUUCAAUAGUAAUAAUCUCUAAAGUGCUCACCACACUUACCAUGCUGAGUGCUUUAGGGUCUUUUCUCACUGACUCACCACUAACAGUAGCCUUAGGAAGGUUGGCCCCUAUUGCAGAUCAAGAAACAGGCAUAGAGAGGUUAAGCAAAUUGCUCCAGGGCACACAGGGACUAAAUGGUGAAGUGAGGACUUUGGAGACCUCCAGUGUGUCUUCUCUCAGCUCUGUUACUUAGAAAGUGCCAGGGGCACUUGUAGGGUGACGGGUAUGUUCAUGAUCUCAGUUGUGGUGAUGGUUUCACAGGUGCAUAUAUGUUAAAACUGACCAGACUGUACACUUUGAAUAUGUGCAGAUUAUUGUAUGUCAGUGAUACCUCAAUAAAGCUGUGAAAGAAAAGAAAAGCAUUUCCCACCAACCGUUCCUUCAGAGGCUCAAAGUUCCAGAGAGAAGCCACUUGGCCAUCUUCCUGCUUUGGGGUAAGGGACAAGGAUGGCCAGACUGCACGUGGCCACGAGUGCAUCUCAGCGCUCCUAGGCUGAGGCUGAGGCUGGGCUGGGCUGGCAGCCAUGGGGCUGGGUGGGCCCCAGGCCUGGCUGUUGAACUUGCCCACAGCUGUGGUCUAUGGCUCCCUGACCCUCUUCAUCACCAUUUUGCACAACGUGUUCCUGCUUUACUAUGUGGACACCUUUGUCUCAGUGUACAAGAUCAGCAAAGCUGCCUUCUGGGUCGGAGAGACGGUGUUUCUCCUGUGGAACAGCCUCAACGACCCCCUCUUCGGCUGGCUGAGUGACCGUCAGUUCCUCAGCUCCCAGCCCCGCCCUGGCAGUGGGCAAGGGAGCAGAGGAGGGAGUACCCCCUGGUCAGGCUCUGGGCUCUCCUCGAGGGCCGUGGUGCUGGCACGGGUGCGGGCACUUGGCUGGCACGGGCCGCUGCUGGCGCUGUCGUUCCUGGUGUUCUGGGUGCCCUGGGCCCCAGCAGGCCUGCAGUUCUUGCUGUGCCUGUGCCUCUACGAUAGCUUCCUGACGCUCGUGGACCUGCACCAUCACGCCUUGCUGGCUGACCUGGCUCUCUCGGCCCACGACCGCACCCACCUCAACUUCUACUGCUCCCUCUUCAGUGCGACUGGCUCCCUCUCUGUCUUUGCCUCCUACGCCUUCUGGAACAAGGAGGACUUCUCUUCCUUCCGUGCCUUCUGCGUGGCACUGGCUGCUGGCUCUGCGCUAGGCUUUGUGGGGGCCACGCGGCUCCUGAGGCGGCGGGUAGAGGCGGCCGGUAGGGAGCCGGGGUGUCCAGACCUGGCUGCGGAGAGCGGCCUGUGUGGAGAGGAGGCGGGCAACAUCACCUUGGGCCAGUACCUCUGGCAGCUGGCGCGUCACCGGAACUUCCUGUGGUUCGUGGUCAUGGACCUGGUGCAGGUCUUCCACUGCCACUUCAACAGCAACUUCUUCCCCCUCUUCCUGGAGCACCUGUUGUCAGACCACAUCUCCCUCUCCACCGGCUCCUUCCUGCUGGGCAUCUCCUAUGUCGCCCCCCAUCUCAACAACCUCUACUUCCUGCCCCUGUGCCGGCGCUGGGGCGUCUACGCCGUGGUGCGGGGGCUCUUCCUGCUUAAGCUGGGCCUGAGCCUGCUCAUGCUUCUGGCAGGCCCCGACCGCCCCGGCCUGCUCUGUCUCUUCAUUGCCAGCAACCGUGUCUUCACGGAGGGCACCUGUAAGCUAUUGACCUUGGUGGUCACUGACCUGGUGGAUGAGGACCUGGUGCUGAAUCGCCGCAAGCAUGCGGCCUCGGCGCUUCUCUUCGGCAUGGUGGCCCUGGUGACCAAGCCAGGCCAAACCUUGGCCCCACUGCUGGGCACCUGGCUGCUGUGCUUCUACACAGGUCAUGAUCUCUUCCAGCAGUCCCCACUGACCCCUGUGGGGAGGGCCCAACCCUGGCCAGAACCCCCGGCCCCACCCCCGGUUCAGGCCCCUACACUCCGCCAGGGCUGCUUCUACCUGCUGGUGCUGGUGCCCAUCACCUGUGCUCUGCUGCAACUGUUCACCUGGUCCAAGUUCACGCUGCAUGGGAGACGCCUGCGCAUGGUCAAAGCCCAACGCCAGAAUCUGUCACAAGUCCAAACCCUUGACAUUAAGACAGUGUGAGAGGUGCAACAAGGCCACUCUGAUGAGGACACUGCCCACAGCUCUGGGCAGGAGCCACUUUUGCCAGCCUGGUGUCCUGCUCCCCUGCCUUCCUUGGGUGCAGCCUCGAGAUCAAAGGGCAGAACGGGAGCUCCUGGGUCGGAGCCAGGAGCGUCAUUGGGUCUGAGAUCGUGCUUGGCUACCUGGCCCGGCUUGGGCAAGAGCUGGGCCGAAUUUGCUCAGGGACCUGCUUGCCCCUAUGGGCAGGAGUAAGAAAAGGACCAAGAAGGGAAGGGAAUGCCCUGUGGUCACAUGGGGUUGCCACAGGGCACAGAGGCCUAGCCCCCUGCCUGGGGCUGGGGCUUCAUGUGCGCUCAGGAACCACUUUUGAUACUGCCUUUCGUCCAGUCGGGGUGCUGACUGGGAGUCCCACCCACUCCGCCCCUCCACCCUUCCAGUGGUGUCUGCCAUCUCUGCUGCAGUUGUGCCUGAAGGAGCAUGCCCCCGUUGCUGCAGGGCUCCUCCACGCCCACCUGGCCUCCUAAGAGUUCAGCUCAUCAAACGGAUUAAAGUCUUUCUGUUCCCAUUC